AUAUACUUCUUAGCCCCCGGAACAGAAGAAGAUCGGAAAACGAGCGGCGGCGGAGCAGUCGACUCGAGCAAACGCAACCGCGGGGAAGAAGAUGGCAGCGGAGCUGUCGCAGCUGGACGACGAGACCGUCCGCGGCAUGGCCAUCGGCGCGGUCUUCGCGGACUACGCCGGGAAGAUAAACUGCCUUGACUUCCACCGCAAGGAGGAUCUUCUCGUCACCUCCAGCGAGGACGACUCCAUACGCCUGUACAACAUCACCAGCCCUGCGUUGUUGAAGACUACAUAUCAUAGGAAACAUGGUGCUGACCGUGUCUGUUUUACUCAUCACCCAAGUUCCAUCUUAUGCUCAUCAAGAUACAAUCUAGAGUCAGCAGAGUCACUUCGUUAUUUGUCAUUGUACGAUAACCGUUGCUUAAGAUAUUUCAAAGGACACAAAGACAGGGUUGUUUCACUAUGUAUGUCACCCAUCAAUGAUAGCUUUAUGUCAGGAUCACUUGAUCACAGUGUCAGAAUAUGGGACCUUCGUGUAAAUGCUUGUCAGGGUAUACUACAAUUGCGUGGGAGGCCUUCUGUCGCGUAUGAUCAGCAGGGACUUGUUUUUGCUGUAGCAAUGGAGGGAGGUGCUAUUAAGCUAUUUGAUUCCCGAUCAUAUGACAAGGGUCCAUUUGACACUUUCUUGGUCGGUGGAGAUACAGCUGAAGUUUCUGACAUCAAAUUUAGCAACGAUGGCAAGUCUAUGCUUUUGACAACAACUAACAACCAUAUAUAUGUUCUGGAUGCAUAUGGAGGGGAUAAGAGGUGUGGCUUUAGUUUAGAGCCAUCUCCCAACGUAACAAAUGAAGCUGCUUUCACUCCAGAUGGCCAAUAUGUAAUUUCAGGAUCUGGUGACGGUACCUUGCAUGCUUGGAACAUCAAUACAGUACAAGAGAUUGCUUGUUGGAACAGUCAUAUUGGUCCUAUCACAGCUUUGAAGUGGGCUCCUCGUCGAGCAAUGUUUGCAGCUGCAUCAACUGCCCUAACUUUCUGGAUUCCCAGCCAAUCGAAUUUGAAUUAGGUGCCCGGUAAAAGGGAUGGAAAUUCAGAUAUCCUUACUUAACAAAAGUUUAUAUCCUGGUCUUUCCUGUACAAGACAGGUAUCACAUGCUGUAUUACCAUCUGUGGAAACAAUGACAUAAUUCCUGGCAGAUUCUUGCUGUAGUGCUCCCUUUCUUAUUUAUGUAUAAUAUUCACUUGCCUGUUGUGUUAUGACUA